CUCCUUUAGGGGGGAGGUACUAUGUAUAGGUACAUGCAUAGGGGGGAAUAGCUGUAACCCUGGGCGCAUUCUCAGUCGCUUAGUGCCCAGUGACAGCCAACCGACGCUAAGCUCUGCAUGGGUCACGUCCUCCAGGUGUCUUCCCUUAAGCUCAUUGUCCCAUCUUCUCGCUUCCGGUCCGUCUCCAUAACAUCUUCUCCUCUGGCUACUCCAUUCUCUAUCCAAGUGUAUUGCGAUACCCGUCCCGUCCGUAAUUGCUGAGAAAGUUGGCUACGGUGCUUUGGCAUUUAAUUUUAAUUGUCCCCCUCCUACUCCUCCUCCGUGCAAUACUUGCGAAAUCUUGGCUACCUGGAGUUUGACAUUACCGCCUCUCUAGCGACGCCGCCAUAUUGCACCCGACAAUCCACCACUUCGCGACGCUUCACCUGCCGACAAUGCUUUCCUCUGCCACGGCUGAGAAUACAGACACUAGCUAAGGCGUUAAAUAUCAUCUCACAUAAUACCUGUACUGCAGUUGCCAUGCCCACUCAAUAUUCCGCCCUCCACCCCAGCGCCCGAGAUUCCCUCGAGCUCGCGUCGCUAGCCUCUUCCGCCGGCGACCCCGACGCCUACUCAGACACAGAUUCGCGGCCGUCGAUAUCCUCGUCGCGAAAGCUUUCGCUAGAGCGAGAAGACCCUUUGGACCACAACAAUCCCGCCGCCCGCGCCGAGUUCGGGUCCCGCCAACGCAGGUCCUACUCCGUCACCUCCAAUUUCGACUUUGCCGCGAAUCUCUUCCCGCUCUCCUCGUCCAACGCCCCCGGCUACACCCCCCUCGGCGCCCCGACAUCUACCGCACACCGUAAUGGGGGGCUAGGCGGAGUCUCGUUGGAAAAGCACAAGACCCUCACCUACUUGAACGGCUUGAGUUUGAUCAUCGGGCUCAUCAUCGGCUCCGGUAUCUUUUCCUCGCCCAGCCAAGUCAACGCGAACGUUGGCUCUCCCGGCGCAUCCUUGAUUGUCUGGGUCUUGUCUGGAGUCCUGGCCUGGACGGGUGCAGCAAGCUAUGCGGAACUUGGCGGUGCUAUUCCCCUCAAUGGCGGCGCCCAAGCCUAUUUAGCCAAGAUCAUGGGAGAGUUAGCUAGCUUCCUCUUCACUUGGGUGGCCGUCCUAGUACUGAAACCUGGGAGCACCGCCAUCAUAGCUAUCAUCAUGGGGGAAUAUCUCGUGCGCGCCGUUAUUGGCGCUCAAGCUGAGACGGUUAAUCCCUGGGUCGCCAAAGGUGUGGGCCUCGGGGGACUAAUCCUCGUGACCUUUUUUAACUGCGUGUCGACCCGGCUCGGCACCCGCGUGAACGAUACGCUCAUGUUCUUGAAGUUCAUCGCCUUGAUCGGCGUCACCGUCGUCGGGAUCGUCGUAGCGCUUACCGGGUUCUCUGCUUCUGGUACCGCUAGUGUGGAUUGGAAGAACCAGUCCUGGUUCGAUGGCACGAGCACAGACGGGAGCCAUUGGGCCGUCGCCUUAUAUGCCGGGCUCUGGGCCUACGAUGGUUGGGACAACACAAAUUACGUCGUUGGCGAGUUUCGAAACCCCUCGAGAGACCUCCCGCGCGUUAUCCACACGGCUAUGCCCCUCGUAAUCGUUUGCUACCUUCUCGCCAACGUCUCGUACUUCCUUGUCUUGCCCUUGGACGCGCUCAAUUCUACGAACACGGUCGCUGUGAUGUUUGGCGGCCAAGUAUUCGGUCCCAUCGGCGCUCUCAUCUUCGCGCUCAUCGUUAGCGCCUCCUGUUUCGGUGCCCUCAACUCCACGACAUUUACGAGCAGUCGGCUUGUUUAUGCGGCUGCUAAGGAGGGCUAUAUCCCGACUAUCAUCGGUCGCGUUGGUAUUGGCUCUCGCGAGGCCGGGACUUCGACUAUUAGGUCCAGGAGCUGGUUUUCGAAGCGAUUGCGUAACAUGGUCGGCGAUGAAGAAACCGGACUCUUCUUCACCCCAGUAUACGCGCUCGCGUUGAAUUGCGUUUUAACGGGUAUUUACGUGGUAGUGGGUGAAUUCGGUGAACUCGUUACGUUUUAUGGCGUGGCCGGGUACUCGUUCUACUUCCUGACGGUACUGGGCCUAAUUAUCCUUCGGGUGAAGGAACCGAAUCUUGAGAGACCGUAUAAAACGUGGAUCACAACGCCGAUCAUCUUCUGCUGCGUGAGCUUGUUCCUCCUCAGCCGAGCAAUCUUUGCCCAGCCGUUAAAGACGCUCAUCGUGGUUACGUUCGUCCUCUCUGGCAUCCCGGUGUAUUUUUUGAGAAUACAUGGUCGCGACCAGGUUACGAAGCGAGAAACUAGCUCUGGCGACUCGACACCGUCUUGGAUGUUCUGGAAACGAUGGCGGAGAUGAAGCGACGGAGAUG